ACAGCAACAACAGCAGCAGCAGCAACUUUGUCACCAACAGCAACAUCACAACCACCAACCUCAUCACCACCACCACAACCACCACCAGUCCCACCUCCACAACGGUGACAUCUCUCAGUACCCCCAGAGCUCCUCUUGUGCUCUGGACAACUGCCACCCUCCACAGCAAUCUAUGCACGACCCCGCUAUGCAAUAUUACAGCCUGCAGACCCUCACUGGCCUGCUCUCCCCGCAGCAACAAAUCCAGCCAUCCCAGCCCGCCCCCUCCAGCUCCACCCACUGCCUUACGUCAUCCAGCAGCCCGGACGCCAUCAACGGCAACCCUCCCCCCGCUCAGCCAACCAGGGCAUCCGACUCUCCGGUGCUCCUGACGGCCUCUCUCUCUGCCACAGUGAUGACCACAGUAGUGACCACUGACACGCCCAGUGUGCUGGUCACAGACAAUACCUGCUCCCCGCUCCCCCCG